AUGACUCUACUUCGGGGGUCCCUCUCCUCGGGGUCCCUCUCCUUGGGGGCCCUCUCCUCGGGGUCCCUCUGUCCCUCUCCUCUGGGUCCCUCUCCUCAGGGUCCCUCUCCUCAGGGUCCCUCUCCUCGGGGGCCCCUCUCCUUGGGGGCCCUCUCCUCGGGGUCCCUCUCCUCUGGGGCCCCUCUCCUCGGGCCCCAUGAGCCUUGCUCCGGCCCUGCGCUGUACCUGGUGACGUCAUCGCCGCACCUCGAGGCGGUAGUGUUCGUAACGUUUGUGUUUCACCGGAACACAAUCUGCGGACCGCGGACACAGUUGGAUCUGUGA